GUUAACAAUUUGCUAAGACCCAAAGGGCACAAUUGCAAAAAGACAAAAAAGCAUAACCUGGCUUGAAAAUGUGUGUCAGUGUAUGUUUGGUUUGAUUCCCUUCUCUCUAUUUCUCUUGUUGUUUAGUCAUUAGUCUGAGAAUCUGAGGUAAGAAACAGAGGAGGAAAUAAAAAAGUAAGUUCAUAUGGGUUGUUUCCCUCGUGGUGGAAAAUCAAACAAAAAGGCAAAGAAGAAGCUGCAUACCAAUAAUAUCAAGAACACCACCAAGUCCUCUGAUGAUCAGAUCCCAUCUACUUCAGAUAAGCUGAAGGUGAAUCAUGUACCAGAUGCUAAGAAGGAGGCUACCAAGGAUGGAGGGUCUGAUCGCAUUGCGGCACACACCUUUACUUUCCGUGAAUUGGCAGCAGCAACAAAGAAUUUCAGGGCAGAUUGCCUUCUGGGUGAGGGAGGUUUUGGCCGAGUGUAUAAAGGGCGAUUGGAAAGCACUAAUCAAGUUGUCGCAAUCAAGCAGCUUGAUCGUAAUGGACUGCAAGGGAACAGGGAAUUCCUUGUCGAAGUAUUGAUGUUGAGCCUGCUUCACCACCCUAAUCUUGUCAACUUAAUUGGAUAUUGUGCUGAUGGAGAUCAGAGACUGUUGGUUUACGAAUACAUGCCAUUAGGAUCUUUGGAAGAUCAUCUACAUGACUUACCUCCCGACAAAAGACGACUUGAUUGGAAUACAAGAAUGAAAAUAGCUGCAGGUGCUGCAAAAGGUUUGGAGUACUUGCAUGACAGAGCUAGCCCACCUGUCAUAUAUCGUGAUUUAAAAUGCUCGAACAUAUUGCUUGGUGAAGGCUAUCAUCCUAAGCUAUCUGAUUUUGGCUUGGCCAAAUUGGGUCCUGUUGGGGAUAAGACUCAUGUAUCCACUAGAGUGAUGGGGACGUAUGGAUAUUGUGCACCAGAAUAUGCAAUGACCGGUCAGCUUACGUUGAAAUCGGAUGUUUAUAGUUUUGGGGUUGUUCUGCUUGAAAUCAUUACUGGAAGGAAGGCUAUCGACAACUCAAGAGCUGGUGGUGAACAGAAUCUGGUUGCCUGGGCUCGUCCCUUGUUUAAAGAUAGAAGGAAAUUUGCGCAAAUGGCUGACCCAUUACUUCAGGGACAAUAUCCGGAUAGGGGUUUGUACCAAGCUCUAGCUGUGGCUGCAAUGUGUGUUCAGGAACAGCCUAACAUGAGGCCACUUAUAGCUGAUGUAGUCACUGCCCUCACCUAUCUUGCUUCUCAAAAGUAUGAUCCUGAAGCUCAGUCAGUUCAAGGAUCGCGUACAGGUUCUUCUACUCCGAGAAUGAGAAGGGAAUAGUGCAGCUAAGGGGAAUCAAGCAUUACUCAUAUGAGAGAAUUGAAUCUCGUGGCAGCCUAUGACUGAGAUUAAGAAACAAGAGGUUUAUAUGUUUCAGAUUUACAAUUCUCCGGCCCGGAGUUUAUUGCCGUGCUGCCAUGGCCAGUGUGAUGCAACAGGAGUUUUCCCUUCUUUUUUUUCCUUGAAACCCUUUUGGCGUCUCGCCUUUUCUCUUCUUAUUGUCCUUUUUUUUUUUUUAGUUUGUUUGCAAUUGAGCUUGAAGCUUUGUAUUUAAAAUGUCAUUGAUAUAGAAACUGGUGUCCCCUUGAAGAUCAUACACAUCUGCUUGUCAAAAUUUUUUUCUAUAUUCCUCCAUUCCCAGUGAUAUUGCUAGCAAUUCUGGAUUAUAUAGCUCUUUAUCUUGUUGCCAGCUUUUCCUUAAAUAAAGCUAUAAAUGAGGCAUGUUUGUAAAUUUUUUGGUCAAAAACAUUUGAUUUGUUUUACAACCAUGACUGUCACUUGCUCUGGGUUUUUUAUAGGAAACUCGUUAUGGCCCUCCUCAAUUUGCAGUGAAGAAGAGAAUUAAAUUCAAACUUUAUAAUACUUGAGUGACUCUCUGAGAUUUACUGAGCUUUUAAAAUUUU